AUGGGGAAUACAGUGAGUGUCCCAGAGGAGGCUGAAGAAGACAACACGUGCACAGUAAAGAGCUAUCAGGCUCUAUCUGAAUCUCCUGACAAUAUUAAAAAUGGAUCUGUUGCAUUUGUUCAGACUCAUUCUCCUGCAAUGAAUGGUGAAGUGGAUGCAAAGGCAAGUGUUUCACGGGAUAAUGUGGCCAUUUCUUCCCUGAAGACAAUGGAGCAGAGCCCCGUUCCUGAGGCGGGCGGGCAGAGUCUCGGGAGCGCUGCCAGGGCAGCUCUGCCAUCUGCUAAAUCCCACUCUGUCUUCGCGUUUUCAUGGUCUGUACCAGGGCGUACUGAAGCUCCAGCUACAGAUUCAUCAGUUGGAUCUGCAAAACUUGAUGUCAGCUCAGAGGCGCCCGGAGUGAACAAAGCACCGAGUGACAGCGCGGAGGUUCCCGCAGCAGCUGUGCGGGAGGAAGGGGCACAUAAAAACCUGACCCAGGCCCCGCCAGCAGCAUCGCUUCAUGACAUCGAUCUCACGGCGUCGGUGACACCUGAGGGAGAGGAUGCAGCUGCUUCAAAGCCAAAACAAGUAAACUUCUUUGACAGGAUCUUCAAACUGGAGAAGGGAAAGGAAAGGAGUAAAACACAAAUUGAUCCCCAGGAGGAAAGGCAGACUUCAGACCUUCCUGACGGGUGCAUCACGGCGAAAGAGGCUGCUGGAUUACAGAGCACAUCAAACAGUGUCCCACAGGGGAAGGAGAUAGAUGACUGCAACAGAAAAGACCUACAGCAGGGCUCGGCAGGUGUCAACGGUCUCACUGCUGAGCAACCUGAAAAGGCAGAGGUAAAACAAGACAACCCCCAACCAGCUGCUGCAGUAGAUAACUCCGUCAUGAGUUUCCUUAAAACACUGGUCUCCCCAAGCAAAGCUGAAGCCAAAAGUGAUUCUGAAGACAAGGGAUCGAAAGCGGAAAAAGGCCAUGGUGGGCAACCUGCUCCGAAGACAGCAGCAGAAUCCCAGACGAAAGGAGCCAAGAAAAAGAAGGCAGAGAGUCCCAAGCUAGGACACAGUACAUUUAGUAAACUCUUUAGGCACAAGGCUGCAAAAGAGACCCAACAGACAACUAAUACCAAAAGUGUUGAACAGCAGCCUGUUACCUCUGUAAAAUCAGACAAAAAUGUCCCUUCCCUUCAAGAGCCACAGACAACUAAGCAGAAUACAAAAGGCCCAGAGCCUGCAGCCCUACAGCAGGCAGUGGCCAGCGAAGCCCCCAAAGAGGUGACGAAGGAGAAAGCAUCAUCCACUCCUACGCCGCUGAGCAAGCUCUUUUGGAAAAAGAACGCAUCGGAAGAAGCAGAGAUCGUAAGCAAUGAAAAAGCAGAUGCAUCUCUAGAAGCUGUCGCUCCUGACAAAGAUGAGAGCAAGAGCCCCGAAGCCGCAGAAGUGAAACCUCGGAGAGAAGAAAGCAAAACCCCCAAGGCGAACCUGCGGAAGUUCUUUAAACUG